UGUUGUGUUGGUGCUGCCGCCUCUCGGGACCGGGUGAAAUCGGGGCUCCGCAGACUGGCGAGGGAGCCCGUCAGCAGCUGCGUUGUCUCCUCAGGUCCCGGGUUAUCCGCGCUGCCGCAGGGAGGCCGCCCGGGCCCGGCGAACCGAACCAAUGCUGGACCUGGAGGUGGUGCCUGAGCGCUCUCUGGGGAACGAGCAAUGGGAAUUCACCUUGGGAAUGCCUCUGGCUCAGGCCGUAGCUAUUCUUCAGAAGCACUGUCGCAUCAUCAAAAAUGUCCAGGUUCUCUACAGUGAGCAGACAGAAGCAAGAAGAUGAGGCAGACACAAGAAGAAAGAGCUCUGUGUGCCAGAUCUGCUCUUGGUGCUUUCUGACCUACCAUCUUUGUCCUCAGAACAACCUUGGAGGAAAAGGGGUGAAGUCUCCUCUAAGCCAUGACCUCAUCCUUAACCUGACUCAGGACGGGAUCAAACUACUGUUUGAUGCUUUCAAUCAGAGACUUAAGGUGAUUGAAGUUUAUGACUUGACUAAAGUAAAGUUAAAAUAUUGUGGAGUGCAUUUUAACUCUCAGGCCAUUGCUCCUACCAUUGAGCAAAUUGACCAGUCUUUUGGUGCAACCCAUCCUGGAGUAUACAACUCUGCUGAGCAGCUCUUCCACCUCAACUUCAGAGGACUGUCCUUCUCUUUUCAGUUAGACUCCUGGACGGAGGCUCCUAAGUAUGAGCCCAAUUUUGCCCAUGGCCUAGCUUCUCUUCAGAUACCCCAUGGAGCAACUGUAAAACGAAUGUAUAUUUAUAGUGGAAACAGCCUACAGGAUACCAAGGCUCCCGUGAUGCCCCUGAGCUGUUUCCUGGGAAAUGUGUAUGCUGAGAGUGUAGAUGUUCUUCGAGAUGGAACUGGACCCUCAGGGUUACGACUUCGACUACUUGCUGCGGGUUGUGGACCUGGCUUAUUAGCAGAUGCCAAGAUGCGGGUAUUUGAACGCUCAGUAUAUUUUGGUGAUUCUUGCCAAGAUGUUCUUAGCAUGCUUGGCUCUCCACACAAGGUCUUCUAUAAGUCAGAAGAUAAGAUGAAAAUCCAUUCUCCUUCCCCUCAUAAGCAAGUUCCAUCUAAGUGCAAUGACUACUUUUUUAACUACUUCACUCUUGGUGUGGACAUCCUCUUUGAUGCAAAUACACACAAAGUGAAGAAGUUUGUUCUGCAUACCAAUUACCCUGGGCAUUAUAAUUUUAACAUUUACCACCGCUGUGAGUUCAAGAUCCCAUUAACCAUAAAGAAAGAAAAUGCAGAUGGUCAGACUGAAACAUGCACAACCUACAGCAAGUGGGACAACAUCCAAGAGUUUCUGGGCCACCCUGUGGAGAAGCCUGUUGUCUUGCACAGGUCCUCCUCUCCAAACAACACCAACCCAUUUGGCUCCACAUUCUGCUUUGGUCUUCAGCGAAUGAUCUUUGAGGUCAUGCAGAACAACCACAUUGCCUCAGUGACCCUAUAUGGCCCCCCUAGACCUGGUGCCCAUCUGAGAACAGCAGAGCUCCCCUAAGGACAUCAUUACCCAUUCCCUUCUGCCCAUGGAACUGUGCAUCACAUCCAGCUCAGUGGGUCUCUGUGCCACCCCGUGGGUCUUCUUGGGCUCUUUGCCAAUAUCGAAUGGCUGUGGGAUGUUCUGAGGAGGGAUUUGGGCUGAGUACUCUACCGUGACACAAAGGAUCCAGAUAUUCCUCUGUCCGUCCUAAGCCCACUGCUGCCAGCAGAGGACACAGACUGCAAAGAGAAGCACAAACUUUGAGCCUUGAUACCUGGACCCAGCGCCUCUCAACUAACAUGUAAUGAGGCAGGAUAUAACGUACAUGGGGAAACCUGGGCUCUUUCUGUGGCAGAGGGACACAGGCUCCCAGGAUGAAGACAGGUUCCUGCCUUUGGCCUGACAUUGCCUUGUGGCCCCUAAGACAAGCAGGUAGUGUGUCCGUAGUUCUUGGUUGCAACAUUUGCACUACAUCCACUUUAGUUACUUGAUGAGCUGGCCGUGGCCAGUGUGACCCACCCGCCCUUUUCUCUUUCUCUUGUGCACAUGCUCCCUGCCAUGUCUGGUUUCCACUGUUCUGGGAGCCAGCUUUCACAGGUGACCAUCUGUGCCCCUGCAUGGUCCAACCUGGCUGGCAGGGCUGCAUGUUUCCAUCUUGUUUGCCUCUUUUAUUUAAUGCCAAAGUGUUAGCCAAAGACAUCUUCCUCCUUUUGUUAUGUUUCAGCAUUCUGUUGUGCACUGUGGGCCAGCUCCCUGCCCCAACUCUGGGCACUGUCCUCUGGCCUGGCCACCCAGCCUAAGGCCUCUAGAGGCUCAAGGAAGACUGGGCUGCUUGGUUUCUUGCUAAUGGAAAGUAGCAUAUAUAUGUGCUUUAAAAAUAUUAAUCCUUUUGGCGUGGUGGCGCACGCCUUUAAUCCCAGAACUCGGGACGCAGAGGCAGGCGGAUCUGUGAGUUCAAGGCCAGCCUGGUCUACAUAGUGAGUUCCAGGA